GGGCACUAGCUUGCUAGCAUGUGGUGGUUGCUAACUCGUUUUUGAACAACAGACUGGUUAUUUCCCCACCACAUUAAAUGUAUGUGAACGCGCUACAUCCUCAGCAUUGAAACAACGAGGUUUUCUUCGCGUUAAGACGUUGCAUUUGUCUCGGGUUUAAACAUCAACACCGCGUUAGCGCGUUGGUUCUGGGACGUGGCGUGCGUCUUGCAGCGGUUUUAUACUGGAGUCUCCGAAACCAUGGAGGGUUCUUCCUCUGCCCCUUCACCAGGAGCCCUGGCUCCGAGCCGGAGGAGAGAGUCAGCCUCGGAUUCUGAAUCUUCCCGGGACGCGAAAACACACUUUCGCGUGUGUCGCUUCAUCAUGGAUACAGGAGUGAAACUGGGCUUGCGGUCGGUGCCGGUGGCCACGGCGUGUGUGUUGUAUCACAGGUUCUUUGAGCGAGCGAGCCUGGACGCUUAUGAGCCCUAUCUGGUCGCCAUGAGCUGCCUUUACUUGGCUGGCAAGGUGGAGGAGCAGCACACCAGGACGAGGGACAUCAUCAAUGUUAGUCAUCGAUAUUUCAACCGUGGCAGUGCUCCUCUGGACUGUGACAAGGAGUUCUGGGACCUCCGAGACAGUGUGGUGCAGUGUGAGCUUCUUGUCCUUCGUCAGCUCAACUUUCAGGUUUCUUUCCAGCACCCUCACAAGUAUUUACUGCACUACCUGAUGUCGGUGAAGUCGCUGGUGAACCGCCAUGCCUGGUCACGAGCCCCUGUAACGGAAACGUCCUGGGCACUGCUGAGAGACUGUUACCACGGAACAAUGUGUGUCCGCCACAAGCCCCAACACAUCGCCAUAGCGACGCUGUACCUGGCUUUGAACAGCUACGGAGUGGUGCUGCCUGCUGGGCAGAAAGAGUGGUGGCAGGUGCUCACUGAUGACAUCACGAAAGCCGACAUCGACGCUGUGAUCUCAGACCUUCUUCAACUCUAUGACAUGGAGGCUAAAUGUGUGUGACGGAUGCAGUCCACUGGUGUUGUGUCUGCCUGUGGGAAGUUCGUGUGACUCGGGACAUAGACACACUCGCCACUUGGGGGCAUCAUCCCUUCACUAAUCUGUCAUCUGUGCAGAAUACUGAUAAGCCUUCACAGCCUUAUCAUCAUCGGCACACUGUACACUGUUUAACCAACCUCAGCCCUGUGUUCACAUCAUGCUCUUCCUGAUAAUCUGCAGCCUUCAACAUAUUUUACAUUUAAUGCCAAUUUAAUGUCCUGACAGUCGAUUUUAAGAUACACCAGCUCUGUGUUUUCUGAUGUUCAGAACAUCCUCAUGGCUGCCUCUUUGUUAAUAAAUGAAGAUGCUGUGCAGCUAAAGUGGUUUAAGCUUUAUCAAGUUGUGUUUCGUCUGAGCGUUUGAGCAGGUUUCAUGAAUAAGUGAGGACCGUCGGGUGCAGAAUUAAGCUGACAGGAAUGUGUUGGCUCGUGGUGUCUGCUGUUUCAUCUGAAGCCUUGUGUUGUUAUCAUGGUCUCCAAGGUCUUCCACAAAAUGUGUUUUAGCAUUAAAUGUGUAGAGACUGAGGCAACACUGGCGCAAAAGUGGGGAGGAUUCUUCUUGCCAAGACGCUGAAAAUAAACAGAAUCAUGUGGAGAAAUUGUUUUGUGUCUUUAUGAACUACUGGUUCAUCCGUCAUUUUCAUAGGCUUCUGAAUACCAUAUACCAUAUCAUAGUGAAUGGAAAAAACUGUUUUGAUUCCACGGAACUGUCUGGAAUAUUUACACUGAAAUCCCGCGCUACAGUGCUUCAUCAUCAUCACAUUGUGUUUGAUAUUUCUACAUG